AUGGCUUCCUCCACCACCGCCUCCGAGUCCGAGAUGGCCGCCGCCCGCCUGCCCCUCGGCUGGCGCGACCAGUGCUCCGCUCUCCUCAUCCCCCUCAACGUCUGCCGCCACAAGGAGAACUACCUGCCAUGGAAGUGCGAGGACGAGCGCCACAUCUACGAGAAGUGCCAGUACGACGACUACAUGCGCCGUAUGAAGCUCCUCGCGCGCCAAAAGAAGGAGGCCGCCGCCGAGGCCGACGAGUAG